UCUUCUCUUAAACCAUCUCUCCUCUCUCUCUCUCUCUCAAACAUAUAUUAUUGCAAAGGAAAAAAAUAAGAAAAGAAAAAAAAAAAUAAGAAAUGGCAAAAAAUAAUCUCAAAACCCUGUUCUUGAUAUCACUUCUCCUCUUCUGCUCCACUAUAACCUAUGCUGCUCGGCCAGAACCAGGAUUUUCAGCCAUAAAUACUUCCAAAACCCAACAUGGGGUUGUUGAAGCAGAGCAAGUUGAAAGUGGCGAUGAAAUUAGCUGUGAAGGGAUUGGGGAAGAGGAAUGCUUAAUGAGAAGAACUUUGGUUGCUCAUACCGACUAUAUCUAUACCCAGAAACACAAGCCAUAGAUUCAUUAUUUUAGUUUGUUCUAAACUAUAAGUUAAUAUAAAAAUAUGUAGUUCUCGUUACUGAAAAUAUUUAUAUAUAUAGAAGAAAAUUUAUCUUCA